AGGGCUACCCGUUGUCACACAGGAAGGAGGCGAGUCCAUCGGAUAGUGGAGGUGUUUUUUUUCUUGGAUUUUUUUGCCUGCUGCUCCUUUAGCUAGAAUUGAUGGACAAAGAAAAUGGAGAUAGUUCCGUUAAAAGGUAAUGGAGUACCAUCCAACUGCUGAGGUGCAUUCCCAGGAUUCCUACCCACCUGCCCAGUGGAAACCACCUCCUCCACUGGAUUACAGCUCUUCCAGCUCCAAGUUCCCCAAACGGCAGGUAAUGCAGAACCCAGUCACUGAGAUGACUGCAGUGGAUGGCUUUUCCCCGUGCCAGUCAAAGUCUGUAGCAGAUAGUCGUGAAUCUGCUAGUUCAGAGACACCAAAUCAAGAGAAUGAAAGAAACGCUCACAAUCCCUAUUCAGGAUUAAACAUUUAUUCCUCUGAAGACAGUGAUGAUGACGUAUGUACAUCAAGACUAAAGAAGACUAGAAGCAUACUGGAAGAGUUAUUUUCUGAGGAUUCAAAUGAGCUCCUGGAUUCCGCCUCGGACAGUGGAAAGGAACUUCCUGCAAACUCCAAAGAAGAAACUCGCGACAGCUGCUCAGAAGGUUGCAAGUCCCCAAAACCCAGCUCCAGUGCAAAGAAAUCAAAGGCCUCUGGACGCAGAAACAAUCUCAGAUCUAAAGGCUCGGUUGCUGUCAACAGAAGCCAAAGAAGGGGCGAUGGGAAGAGAGUGUAUAAUAAGAAACAUUAUUGCCUGUUUUGCUCAAAACCUUUCAGCAAAAUGGCAAGACAUUUAGAAGAUGUUCAUGCAAAAGAAGCGGAGGUUGCUAAAGCCCGUGGCUUUCCAAAAGGUUCAAAGGAGAGGAGACUACAGUUGGAUGAACUUCGGCUAAGAGGGAACUACAAACACAAUAUUGCUGUGCUAAAAUCGGGCAAAGGCGACCUGGUCCCUUGUAAACGACCACGGGGGGUAGUCAAGGCCAGUGACUUCAUGCAUUGUGCACAUUGCCAAGGACUUUUCAACAAAAGGGUUUUGUGGAGGCAUAUGAAGGUCUGUAAACUAAGCCCUAAUAAAACAUAUGUCCCAAAACCAGGAAAGAAUCGUACCUUGUCUGUUGUUGCAGCCUCACAGCCUGUGCCUGCUAAUAUAAGCCCAGCGUUAUGGUCUAUAUUAAGCUUCAUGGUCCCAGAUGAAGUCACAGAUGCCGUAAAGAACGACAAUUGCAUCCUUCAGAUGGGGGAAUAUUGGCUUAACAAAAGCGGAGCUCCUCAGCAGAACCAGGGCUGCAUCAUCCGGCAGAAGUUACGUGAACUUGGUAAACUGCUGGUCACUGGGAGGAAAGUGGCUUCACUAAAGAAACUGGAGGAUUUUCUCGACCCGUACAACUGCAUGCAGGUUGUAGAAGCUGUGAGGCAGGCAUGUGAAUACAACAGCGAAACAAACACUUACAAAAUUCCAUCCCUGGCCAAGAAACUCUCGAUUUGGCUUGUGCAGCUUAGCCGACUUGUGAGGUCCAAAGUGGUGAUACCGAAAGACAGCGGCUUGGCUCAGAAGCUACGGGACUUUCAAAAAAUCCAUGAAGACCGUUGGAACGAUUUGCUCUGGACAUCUGUGUCAAAGAAUACAGAGGAUGUCAAGUUUAAGACACCCAUGUUAUUGGCGUUCACAGAAGACGUGCAGAAACUCCACACAUUCCUGAGCAAGACGCAAGAUGAACGUAUGACCCAGCUGUCUGCAGACCCUUCUACUAAGUACUGGUCUGAUCUGGCGAAAGUUUGUCUGACUCAAGUUGUUCUGUUCAACCGCAGCAGAGAAGGAGAAGUGUCCAGCAUGACCCUCACCACAUUUCUGUCCAGGGACUCAGCAGAUCCCCCUACAGACAUAGACUGGGCCCUUACCGAGGUUGAGAAGCAGCUGUGCCGGCACUUCUACAAAAUAGUCAUCAGGCCUGAAGGUGCUCGGCCAGUGCCCAUCCUACUCACCCUUAAAAUGCUUCGUGCCUUGCAGCUGCUGGCCGAGAAACGAGAUGUCUGUGGAGUUCUCAAAGAGAACCCAUAUGUUUUUGCUCGCCCGUCGUCCAAUACACACUACAGGAGCUCGGACUGUGUACGAGUGGCUGCUGCGGCUUGUGGCGCAAAGGACGCUUACGCCCUCACCUGUGGAAAGCUGAGGAAGCGAAUUGCAACGUUGUCCACGGUCUUGAACCUGGGGGAUCCAGAGAUCAACCAGCUGGCCAACUUUCUUGGGCAUGAGCUGAUCGUGCAUGAGGAAUAUUAUUCUUUGCCUGAAAGGACCCUGCAGCUUGCAAAAGUCUACAAAGUUCUCACUGCAAUGGAACAAGGCAGAAUGAUGGAGUUCAUGGGCAAGAACUUCUCUGACAUCAAUAUUCAACCUAAUGAGGAGGUUGAGCUCUGCAAUGACAGAGGAAGGAAAAACUGGGAAUGCUCAUCACCAGGAGCUACACAAAGUGUAAAUGAAAGUGCUGUAGAGGACACUGUACUGUGCACAGGUGUCACAGGUUCAAGUGCAUUUCCAGUCUCUUCUUCAGGUCAGAAGCGAAAAGAGCAGAAGAAGAGGAAAACCUGGAGUGUGAGUGAAGUCCAGGCUGUAGAAAGACACAUGAAGGAUUUCAUCACCUCCUGCCGUGUCCCGGGAAAAUCGCCCUGCGAGAACUGCAUUAGAGCUGAGCCUCUGGCUCUAAAAAACAGAGACUGGCAGAGUGUCAAGUUUUACGUCUAUAAUCGGAUCAUGGCCCAGAAGAGGGAUGGCAGUCACAGUAAAGUAUGAAAACUACUCUUUUUGAUCUGUUCGUACAAUUUUCUACAAUGUGGGAAAACAUAAACCGCAUGUGGCGUCGCCUGAAGGUUGUGAAAAUGACUGUUCAGCUCAUGCAAUAUUGUGAAGAAGGUGACGUCACUGCUGUUAGCUAGCAGCCAGCGCGGCUGUGGUUCACCUCGGUCCACGAGGAGAAAGGCGUCCAUUAACAGAGCUGAGUGGACUCUUAUGGACCCAAAACUACAAAGAGCCUUAGGAACCUCUGGGUCGUAAACUUCAUGAACUUGAGUCCUAGCUCUGUUUCAUUUCUACAUUAGUUCAGUAUUGUAGAUCCCCACCUCAGUCACAUGAUGGUCCUACCAGUACAAGGGGGUGAAGUUAAAACCAUCCUCCAGGUUUUUACAUGUUAAUGUAUAUUUAUACCUAUAUUCAUGCUUCUUUUCAUUCCAUAUUUAGCCACUGCUUCCUCAAGGCAGUGGAAAGAUGCUCCUGCCCUGUUGUGGAACUCUUAUCUUCCGUCCAUGAUGUAGUCUAUAGGUUAUUGCACCACCAAGUGGUUAAUAAAGUCUAAAGCGGUCUGUGUGAUUUCAUUACGGCUUAUUUGGAGAUGUUUGUGUUGAUGGAUUGUUGUAAUAUUUGUGUCAGCUCAAUAAAAAAUAUUGUUACUUUUCUUGUAAUAGA